AUGGCGGCGGCCGAUGGGGUGGAGUUCGCGCGGGAGCAGCCCCUGCUGCAGCGGGAGGAUGUGGAGUCUCCAGAAGAUCGAUCCUGCUGUUUGAGCAGGCUCCUCUUCUGCUGGGCCUUUCCCGUCUUCUGGCGCGGCUUCCGGCGCGGGCGCACGGACUUGCCGGACCUGCCGCCGGUCCCCGAACGGGAUCGACCACUCCGGCUUUCACGUGAAAUCCAGUCCUUGGUCACUGGAUCGCGGGAGUCACGGUGUAUGCCGUGGCUUGGGCAGAAGAUCUUCAGGGUUACGCGGCCCGUUUUCCUGCGAGCCUGCGUUUGCCAGGCCAUGCUUGCAACCUGCAGCUGUAUUCAGCCUAUCAUUCUGCACAGCUUGCUGGAGACCCUCAGCUUGCCUGAGGAGCAGCGGAAGCAGAGUUUGGCGCUGAUCCUGCUGAAUGCCCUGGGCGUCGCUGGAGCAGUGAUGGGGCAAUGGAUCUUCGCGGAAUAUGCCUGGACCAUGUUUGUCCGUGCUGACCUCGAAGCACAAGUCUUGCUGUCCCACUUGGUCUAUCGCAAGAGCCUCUUCUUACGGCUGGAGGAGUCCCCCUACACGGUCGGGGACCUGCAGAACCACUUCUCCACGGAUUGCACGAAGCUGGUGUUGUCCUUCUUCCACUGGUGUCAUGCGGAUCUGGUCAUCUCCGGCUGCACCUUGUUGGUGGUCGCCUGGCAUCUCACCAAGCUCAUUGGCUCUGCCGGGCUCAUGGGCAUGCUUACCGUGCUUUCGUUUGCGCCCUUCCAGUUUGUGAUCCGGCGGCGUUUGCGAGUGGCUGCCAAGCGGAUUCAGGAAGCACGCGAUGUCCGUGGCCGGCUUUGCAAUGAGUUCUUGUCGGCGAUGCGGGUGGUGAAAUGCUUCUCCUUGGAGCCCAUGGCGCUGGAGAUGCUGGGCGGAGCCAGGGAUCGAGAAUUGGAGGCUCAAUGGUUCAAGCGGAAGGUCUUUCCGUUCCAAAACUUCCUCGGAAGCUCCGUGAGCCUCUUCGGCACCAUCAUUUCCUUCCUCUGGCUGGAGCUGGUGCUGGAUAAGCCAGUGGAUGCUGCGAUUGCCUUCACAGUGCUCUCCUGGAGCGCAUUGCUGAAGGACUCGCUGAUGGCGGUGCCCAACCAGAUCGCCACCCUGCUCGACUGCUACGUGAGUGUGCAACGCAUCCAACAGCUCUUGACCUGCCAGGAGGAGGACACUUCCUGGCUUCAACAGAGUCCAGAAACGCUCCAGGAGAUGUCCCACCAGUCCGAUGCGGAGUUUAUCCUCCAGGAGUGCAGUAUCGGCUGGCCGCUGGACGAAGAGACCUGCCGAGGGAUUCAAAAGCUGAACUUGACGGUGAAGCCACAGGAACUGCUGUUGAUCUCGGGUCCCAUUGGCUCGGGGAAGAGCACUCUACUGGAGGCCCUCACGGGAACUCGGCCCUUGCUCUCCGGCACCUGCUGGCGUCGAGGUCGACCGAUGGCCUAUGUGGCUCAGCGCCCGUGGCUGUUGAACGGCACGCUGAUCGAGAAUGUGACCUUUGGCCACGCGUACCACGAGCAAAGGAUCCAAGAGACACUCGAGAGCUGUGCUUUGCUGCAGGACUUGGCGUCGUUGCCGGGGGGCCGAAGCACCUUGGUGGGCGAGGAGGGCGUCCAACUCUCGGGGGGACAGAAGCAGCGCGUGGCGCUGGCGCGGGCGGUCUACAGCGGUGCGGAGGUGGUGCUCCUGGACGACGUGCUUUCGGCGCUGGACGCCCACGUGGGCAAGCAGAUCUUCGAGGCGGUCAUCGCUGGAGCGCUGCGCAGAUCGACGCGACUGCUGGUGACGCACCAGCUGCAGUACUGGUCACAUCCGGAGGUGAACCGCAUUUUGCUCCUCCGCGCAGAUGGCAGCUGCCACUUUCUGGGAAGCUAUCAGGAACUGGUGAAAGCGCAGAUCCAUGAGCUCACGGCACUGCAGUCCGAAGAAGCCGAGCACGGCAAGGACGAAAAGGAGAACGGAGACGUGGAGAAGGAGAAGUCGCAGGUGAAAGCCGCCGACGCUGAGACCGUGAGUCGACACCUGGAGUCUCAAGAAGUUCGACGAUUAGGACAUAUCCUCAAGGCUGACCUCAUGGCCUAUGCCAGAGCUUGUGGAGGCUUAGGUGGUGUGUCCACCAUUGCCUCUUUGAUGGUCGUCUACUAUGGUGCGCAGCUCAGCUCCAGUUUGCAGCUGGCCUUUUGGUCCAACGCCAACGUGCAGGCGGAGGAUAGCGGACACCCUGAGGCGCGGGAGGCUAGUCGGAGAUACUUGGUGCAGUACAUGGCUUUGUGCCUCCUGACGGGCUGCAGUUGCUUUUGCUUCUUCUUCGGCAUCCAGUUGGUGGCCCUGCGCGCCUCCAAGCGGCUUCAUGACCGCUUCAUGCAAGGCCUCAUGUACACGCAGCUCCGCUUCUUCGAUCUCACCCCCACGGGCCGCGCGCUGAACCGAUGCCUCAAGGACAUGUCCACCAUGGACGAUCGGAUGCCGGCAGCCUUUCGAGAGCUCUUCGAGUCCUGCAUGAAUGUGUGCAUCUCGGUUUUGAUCCUCAGCCUCUUUGCAUGGCAAGCUUUAGUGGUCGUCCCACCGUUCUCGGUGCUCUAUUGGAUGACCAUGACGGUGUACCGCUGGCCCGCACGGGACUUGCGGCGCUUGGAAGGCACCUCGCGAUCACCAGGAAUGAGCCACUUUUCCGAUUCCAUCAAAGGCGCUCGGACGGUUCGAGCCUAUGGGCAUGAAGCGCGCUUCCUGCAGAGGAACCUGGAGCUGCUGGGGCAGAAUCAGCUGACGACGUACUGGUUCUGGGUCGCUCAAGCCUGGGUCUCCUGCACUCAGGAGGUGUUGGGGACGCUGGCGCUGGCGGCUGUGGCCGGCGUGAUUGGCUACCGGGCCUAUCUGGGCAGUCUGAACCCAGGCUUGGCAGGCUUGGCUCUCUCCUAUGCCAUGAGCAUGCCACGGAACUUGAUGUUCCUCUCACGGCGCCUGGCGACCAUGGAGGUGGAGUUCGUGUCCAUCGAGCGGGUCAUGGAAUACACCCGGCUCCCGCACGAAGUGACUGACACGCAGCCCGUGGUGGACGACGAGGACGCCGAGGACCUGCUCCGCGAUGCGACGUGGGCGGUGAGGGCCGAGGGGCUCUACUUGCGCUAUGACGUGGAUGGGCCAAUGGUCUUCAAUGGCUUAUCAUUGAAGAUCGAGGUGGCAAGUAGCUGUGCCCUGGUGGGGCGCACCGGCUGUGGGAAGAGUAGCUUCCUGAGCGCCUUGGUGCGGCUGUACCCCAUCUGCGGCGGAAAUCUCUACGUCCAUGGUCAGAACGUGCAGAUUUUGCCGCUGCCGGUGCUGCGCUCCACGGUCCGCGUGCUCUUACAGGAUCCCAUCUUCUUCUCGGGGACGAUCCGCUCCAAUCUCCUCUCGCGCUCACCAGCGAUUGUGGCAUCGCUGGAUGAAGAUGAGGCGCUGUGGCAUUACCUGCGGCAAGCGGGACUGGAAGACCGUGUACGGCAGCUGCCAGAUGGCCUCGAUGCCAAGGUGGAGGAGAACGGGCAGAACUUCAGCCAGGGAGAGCGGCAACUGCUGUGCCUGGCGAGGGUCUUGGUGACCCCCAAGUGCGAUGCCGCGAGCGACGCGGCGCCACCGCCGCGGAUCUUGCUGUGA